UUAGUUGGGAAAAACCCUCAAAAAUAUCCUGGUGGUACCAUUUGGUUUCAAUGAAAGAAGGGUCUAAAAAACAUUGCCUUGGUGAAUACCUCUAAAUCUUAAUUUUUUUCCUCUUUAACAUAUUGAUAUUAAUACCUACUUCCAAGAGUGCUUGAGCUUGAGUAUAUGUAAGUUCCCCUAUGUUGUUCCUGGUAUAUAAUAGAUGCUCAACAAAAGUGACUGCCAGUUCCCAGCUUCUUCUGUAGCCUCCCAUGACCUCAUUUCCUUGGUAAAAUUGGAUACCCUUCUGGGGAAAAAAAACAUACAGUGAAAUGGAAAAAUGCCAUGUAUUUCUUCUAUAAUUUAACUUUAAAUCUGAAAAAAGAACAAUGGAAUUUUUUUAAAAAGUAGAAAAUGAAAUAGAUGGUUCCUUCCCCUCUGUUUGUAUAUGAGCAGCUUCAAGAGGCCAGGUUUUCUCUUGUUAGAAUAUUCCCUUUGGCAGAACCUUCUAGAAAGCUUCAGUCUGGUGAAGACAAGGACACCAGGCUUUCCACUCCGUGGUGUAGCCUGCCUAGAGAGAAGGCCGAGUUCAGCCUGUAUAAUCCGAUUUCAUCAACUCACACUAAUCACUACUGAUAGUAGCAGAAUUUAGCCUGGAUCUGCUUAGUUAAUCUAGAUUGACAGGAGGUAAAAGAAUCGGGAUACAAGGACUCAAAAACAAAGGAAAGAGAGCGAACUCUGAUUUCCAGCUGUGCUCUUCUAUCUGGGGCAUCUAAUUUGCUCCCCUCUGGGGCUUCUACUUUUCUUACCAUAUAAACAGAGGUGACUGGUUGUUAGGAGACUAGACUCGCAUGGAGCACUCCCAUCAACAACAGGUGCCCUGUGACUCCCUGGAUCUGCAGAGAGAGCAAUACCUCCGGUGUGAGGCUGCGCGGAACGUACUUCCAGGUACGCAUUGUACCUGAGACUAUGUAUUAUUUAUUGAAACUGAUCUCUGCAUUCUCUUUAUCCUCUGGGCAGCCCUGGAGUUGGGCGCCUCCUAAGAUGGAUGCCAGCAGCUAACCUACAAGGCUCCUCAAAGCUACUUGCUUUCACUCUUUUUCUUACCAAAAAAAAAAGAAGAAAGAAAAAAAUUGCAAGCUACCACUACCAAGCUUUUUAUUAAAGCUUGGAGAGUAAUUGGGAAUGGGAGUGUAGCAACCAAAACAGGGAUUCCUCUGUGAUUUUUGGAUGUUUCCACAUGGAUUCGAGUUUUGGAUUUUUUAAGGAAAUACUCCACUCUGGAUUUUACAGAUCUAUAAAAGAUACACAGGUUACAGCUUCUGCGUCUGUUCACUGACUGAUUAUCGUAGUGAUCUGUUAUGUGUGUGUUUGCAUGCUUAGUACUGAGAAGAAAAAUGGGUUAUCUGAAGGUUAUCUUCACUGUUACUUAUGAUAUCUGUGACUGGCAAAUGAGGGAACUUUUUGCGUUUGGGUAACAAAGACAUUUGGAAUAAAUACUCCACUGGAUUGUCCAUGUUGGCACAACUGUUGUUGGCCACCUCAGUACUGCAUGUUGCCAUGCCAAAAUCUCCUAAGGGCAAAAAUGUCUCCUGGGGUUCGGCAGACUCCUACACCAGCCGUCCAUCCGAUUCAGAUGUGUCUCUGGAGGAAGACCGGGAGGCAGUGCGCAGAGAAGCAGAGCGACAGGCCCAGGCCCAGUUGGAAAAAGCAAAGACAAAGCCCGUUGCAUUUGCAGUUCGGACAAAUGUCAGCUACAGUGCAGCCCAUGAAGAUGAUGUUCCGGUGCCAGGCAUGGCCAUCUCAUUUGAAGCAAAAGAUUUUCUGCAUGUUAAGGAAAAAUUUAACAAUGACUGGUGGAUAGGGCGAUUGGUUAAAGAAGGCUGUGAAAUUGGAUUCAUUCCAAGCCCAGUGAAACUCGAAAAUAUGAGGCUGCAACAUGAACAGAGAGCCAAGCAAGGGAAAUUCUACUCCAGUAAAUCAGGAGGAAAUUCAUCAUCCAGUUUGGGUGACAUAGUACCUAGUUCCAGAAAAUCUACACCUCCAUCCUCUGCUAUAGACAUAGAUGCUACUGGCUUAGAUGCAGAAGAAAAUGAUAUUCCAGCAAACCACCGCUCCCCUAAACCCAGUGCAAACAGUGUAACGUCACCCCACUCCAAAGAGAAAAGAAUGCCCUUCUUUAAGAAGACAGAGCACACGCCCCCCUAUGACGUGGUACCUUCCAUGCGACCUGUGGUCUUGGUGGGCCCUUCUCUGAAAGGGUACGAGGUCACAGAUAUGAUGCAAAAAGCAUUGUUUGAUUUUUUAAAACACAGAUUUGAAGGGCGGAUAUCCAUCACAAGGGUCACUGCAGACAUCUCGUUGGCCAAACGCUCAGUGUUAAAUAACCCCAGUAAGCAUGCAAUAAUAGAAAGAUCCAACACAAGGUCAAGCUUAGCGGAAGUUCAGAGUGAAAUAGAAAGGAUUUUUGAACUUGCAAGAACAUUGCAACUGGUAGUCCUUGAUGCAGACACUAUUAAUCAUCCAGCUCAACUCAGUAAAACGUCUUUGGCCCCUAUUAUAGUAUAUGUGAAGAUUUCUUCUCCUAAGGUUUUACAAAGGUUAAUAAAAUCUCGAGGGAAAUCUCAAGCUAAACACCUCAAUGUCCAGAUGGUAGCCGCUGAUAAGCUGUCUCAGUGCCCGCCAGAGCUGUUUGACGUGAUCUUGGAUGAGAACCAGCUUGAGGAUGCUUGUGAGCACCUUGCCGACUACCUGGAGGCCUACUGGAAGGCCACCCAUCCUCCCAGCAGCAGUCUCCCCAACCCUCUCCUCAGCCGUACUUUAGCUACUUCAGCUCUGCCUGUUAGCCCCACACCUGCCUCUAAUGCACAGCAGGGCUCUCAAGGUGACCAGAGGACUGAUCGCUCUGCUCCUGCCCGUUCUGCUUCCCAAGCUGAACAAGAACCCUGCCUGGAACCAGUGAAGAAAUCCCAGCACCGGUCUUCCUCCUCAGCCCAGCACCACAACCAUCGCAGUGGUACGAAUCGAGGCCUCUCCAGGCAAGAGACAUUUGACUCAGAAACCCAAGAGAGCCGAGACUCUGCCUACGUGGAGCCGAAGGAGGAUUACACCCAUGAACAUGGGGACCACUACGUCCCGCACCGUGACCACAACCACAGGGAUGAGCCCCACGGGAGCGGUGAGCACAGACACAGGGAGUCUCGGCACCGUGCCAGGGACCUGGACCGAGAGCAGGACCACAACGAAUGCAACAAACAACGAAGCCGUCAUAAAUCCAAGGAUCGCUACUAUGACAAGGAUGGAGAAGGAAUAUCCAAAAAAAGGAAUGAGGCUGGGGAGUGGAACAGGGAUGUUUACAUCCGCCAGUGACUUUGGCCCUUUUGUUUGUUUUUUUAAAGUCUUGUAUAACAUCACCCUCAAUCUAAAUCUUUGGAGUCGGCAUUGCAAUCAUACGUGAUCUGUCUUGUAUAUUUUGUAUUGCUGUUGCUUAAGUAGCAAUAGCAUGACAGAGUAUUAAUAUACUUUUUUUUUCUUUUGUAAGUGCUAUAUAAAUUUGCCUGGUACAGCUGCAGUCCUCUGGUUGUGUCCUGGACUUUUCAAAAACUGCUUGGGGUAGCUGUCACUUGAACAAAAUCUGUUGCCAUCCAGGUGGCGUUAGUAUUUUAAGAGAUGUCGUUGAUGUUUUCAAAAAAUGUAGUUGCUGUAUCUAGCAACCCAGAAUUGGCCCAGAUAAAAAGUGGAACUUCUUGAUUCUCCAUAUUUUUAAUAUGUAGGCACCUGAUUUGCAUAUUCAUUCAUCCAUGGACCACUGUUUCUUGCUUGUACCUCUGGCUGACUAAAUUUGGGGACAGAUUCAGUCUUGCCUUACACGAAGGGGAUCAUAAAGUUAAAAUCUAUUUUCUAUGUACUAGUACUGUGUACUGUAUAGACCGUUUGUAAAUGUUAUUUCUGCAAACACCUUCUUAUAAUUAUAUAUAAUAUAAAUAUAAAUAUAUAUAUAUCAGUUUGAUCACACUAUUUUAGAGUCUUAAUGCCAAGUGAGCAGAUUUGCUUUACGAAUUACAGGGACUAGAAAUGCCCACCUUCAGGAAAUUUGUAAUAACAUCGUCUAGGCACCUACCCCCCUUCUAGUAGAAAGUCUGUAUGUACAUACUGUAAAUAUGUGUGAUUGCUUGACUUGAAAAGGUUUAAUUUCUGAAUGUUUUACCAUCCUUGUAAGUUUAUAAUUUUGACCAUGAAUUAUGGUAAAUAUAACCAAACUCCAAAGGUUGUUCUAAUCCAUGCAGCUCACACAGAUUGUGACACAUUCUUAGUAGCUAGUGUCUCAUGUCACUGCACUGGAGGCUACAAGCCGGAACUCUGUCUGCACACAUGUGUGCGUCCGUGUGUAAGAGUAUGUGUGUGUGAUUGGUUGAGAUGAAUCUGUAUGCUGAAGACUAAAAGAAACUACAGACUGAUACCUACAGUUCCGCCCACCUGGCUUUGAACCGAACUGUGCUGCAUGUUGCUUUUAUGGUCAUGGAGCAGUCAGGGAGCAUGCUGCCAAAGGUGACUGGGAGAGUGUUUAUCUGUAGGCUCCUUGUUUUUACUGCUAGGGAGCAAAAAAUACAGGCAACUUUUAACUGUGAGUGUUUCACUGGAAAUGUACAAUCUUUGUGUGUUCGAGUAUUUGUUAUAGAAAGAAAAGUUUACACAGCUUGUAGAAUUAUGUUGUGGGAAAAUAAAUUUUUCUACCUUCUCCCACUUCCUUUUCUAACCCUGCUUAUUGUUCCCGUUAUCUCCCAGUUCACCUAUCAUUUCACCCCCCACCACAAACUCAAAUGAGUUUCACUGUCUGUCAAAACCUAGAAGUGCUUCUUAUAACCAAAGUUUCUUCUCUUCAGAAGUAAUCAGGGCAAAUGGGGUGACUUGAAGUGAACAAAAUGAGAACAUUUUCUUACAUCAGACAUCUACUCGGAAGGGGAAGCCAGAAGAUACUAUCUCCACACCUCAGUGACACUGCUGUAAGCAGCUCACAGUGUGACUGUCAUGCUAAGGCUAAAACCUCUCCAUGUCUCCUAUGUGUACAUUCUGUCCAGUUGUCCCUGGACAGGUAAGACAGUAUUAGGUGUACAAGUACCUAGCACUUGAAGUUUGUCCUUGGAAAAUGCCUAUCUAUAAUUGCCUCACUUCAGAUUUGUACAUUAUAUAAUUAUUAUUUUGUUAAAUAAGUUAAUCUAUUUUUUGUGUUGCUUCUUUGAUUAUUCCAGGUUCUUGCCAAAUAUUCUUGGACCUUUAUAAGUAAAACUGUUUCACAUUUAACUACUUAUUUCCUUUACCCCCAACAAAGCUGAUUUUUAAAAAUGGGUUACCUAUAUAGCGUUUUAUCAGUUAAUAUGAAACACUUCCCUAAGACUCAAUAUAUUUGUUAAUUAGCUCUGUACUGGUGAUGUGAAUUUAUUUAUUGAAUAUAACAACUGUAGUCAUUACUAAUAUGUACUUAUGCAAAGUAGUUGCAUCAUUGGAAAACUGCAUUCCAAUUAAGAUUACUUUUAUAAAAUAUUUUGGAUAAUCUUUCCAUCAUGAUGAGAUGUUGCUGAUCACCAGCCUCAUCCUUUGCUACAAUUUCAUCCCAGUAAUGAUUUCAGAAUAUUUAAAUUCUUAAAGUAUAACUGGUAUGUACCUAAGCUGCUGCUACCAUUAAUCCCUUUCAAAGAGUCGUGCUGAUGGACUCUAAUUUUAAAUUCUGCCUUUGGAUUCUUAGUUUUUCACUUUCCUGUGAAACAUGUUAGUCCAAAUCCGAGUAUUCCUCAAAAAACUAUAUUGUAGGACUUGGCAUCUAUACAUGAAAACUGUAUGGUGAGCAUCCCUGUAAAUAGUAUGCACUAAAUUUGUAAAGAAGAAAUAAUCCCAGAGACAUUUACUGGGAUGUUUUACUGACCUGUGGAAUGCAAAAUUACAGUUCUUUCACACAGCAAAAGCUUAAUCUUAACUUACUCAGUUGCAGAAUCAUGAUUUUUGUAGUCUACCUAGAAAAUGCUGGAAAUGUUAAUAGUUCUACUCUGCUUUUUUUUUCUUUUUUGGCAAACCCAUUUCAGUUUUUCCCGUGCUUUUUCUUUAAGUUCAUUUACGUUACUGUUACAGAAAGGUGCUGCUAAAUGUAGGGUGUCUUCGUCACAGUGCACUCGGGACAACGCCACACUUUUAACAUGGCCUGCGACACAUGCCUGUUAAACGUUCGCUGUCGGCUACAUUGAACUGUUUGACAAACCGGAUCUGAAGGCAUUCACAUAAAACAAAUAAAGAGCUGGCAUCUACACUGUUUACUAUUAGUAGUAUCAAUUGUGACUUUAGGAAUGAUUCUUAUAGUUGAGAAUAUAUUAAAUAUUCAAUACUUCUCAUUUGUGGAGCAUUUCCCUUGGGGCAAUGCCAAUCAGUGACGUUACUUUAGUGACCUUCCAUUAUGUCUGAUAAAAUCAUAACUUAAGGUGGGUAACGGAUCUUUUAAAUAUGAGCACAGCUGAAUAAUCUUCCUCCACCUUAAUACUACAUUUGCAGCAAUUCUUCAUGAAGAUCCAUUUUCAUGACAAAUUGAAUUCCUCACCCUUGUCCAUUUGCUCAACGAUGUAAUGCUGCUAGUCUUGGAAACUCUGAUCUUAUUAACACUUUUAAGAGUCACACUGUUAGAGAAAAAAGGUAACUAAGUGGUUUGGGGUCAGUUGUUUAAUUUUGGCUAAAUUAUAUUUUUAACUAUUUGUACCUCACUUUGCUAUUUAAACUAAAUGUGAUACAGGAUUUUGAAGUAAAAUGUACUCACUGUUGAAUUAAAAUGUUUUUUUUCUGUUUCACAGAAAUAUGUCAACACUAAAUAUGUUAAAAGAUAAUAUAUUAAUUUUCUUC